CGCCAGGCGCAGCGAGCCGAGCGCGGCGCGAUCGCUCACGAGCGCCCUGCCGCGUCGCGCUGCCCCGCCCCGCCCGGCCACGCCCCCAGAGACCGCGCCCCCAGAGACCGCGCCCCCAACACACCACACCCUAUCUGACACGCCCGUGCCCCAUUAGGCCCCGCCCCGUUCCAAACAGGCCCCGCCCAGCCCGGUCCCUCCUCAGCCCCCGGCUCGGUCCGGGCCCGCUCACUGCGCUCCAGCCAGGCCCAGCCCGGCGCUGACCCCGGCGAUGACCCCGGCGAUGACCCCGGCGAUGACUCCGUCCAGCCUCCACAAGGGCUCCUGGCUCCUGGCCGUGCCCGCCUGGCCCCGCCGCUUCCCGGCAGCGCCGGCCUCGCACACCGGCACAUGGCGGCCCUGCGCACCCUUCUGCUCCUCGGGCUGCUCCUCACGGCGCAGGGGCAGAGGGCGGCGCGGAGACGGCGGCCGCCCCCUCCCCAGAGUGCCCUGGAGAAGGUGGCGGCUCAGGAGGGGCUCAGCCUCCAGCAGCUCUCGGGGAAGUGGUUCCUGGUCAGCAUGGCCUCCCGCUGCAGCUACCUGGCAGAGCACAGCCACCAGCUGGAGGCCACGACAAUGACAGUGACUGUCCUGGACGGGCAGAGCCUGGCCAUCAGCACCUUCAAGAAGCUGGACAGGAUGUGCUGGGAAAUCAGGCAGCACUACCUUCCUGCCCAGGCCCCUGGACGCUUCCUGCUGAAGGGCCAGAGGAAAAGCAGCAAGGUGGAUGUGGUGGUGGGUGAGGCUGACGCCAGCAGCUUUGUCAUCCUCUAUUACCAGAAGGGCCGCAGCAUCUCUGUUAAGCUGUAUGGACGGAGCAGCCUGGUCAGUGACGCCGUCAUGGACAAGUUCGAGCAGCGCGCCAGGGCUGUGGGUCUCAGUGAGGAUGUGACUUACCGCUUCCCCACCUACGGGUUUUGUGACUCUGCAGAUGAGUUUCACAUCCUCGAUGAAAUGAAGUUGUAGGUGCAGAUGGAGUUGCCAGGAUGUCCCAGACUUCACCUCAGCCAGCUGCCAAUUGGCCACACAGAUCUGAGCCACACUUUCAUCAGCUCCUACUGCUGCUCCACAGCUCUGGAGCCAGCCCUUCAGCUCCUCAGCCCCUUCCAGCUGUGCUGGCAGCUGUGUCUAUCCUUGUCCUGUCCCUCCCAGCUUGUGUCCCCCCUUUGUUCUGUGCCCCAUUCUCCUGCAGCAGCCAGCAACACCCCAAUAAAUGCCUCAGAGAAGA